CAGAGGCACGUUGCAUGCAGCCCAGGCAGAGCCCUAGAGUCGCAGCCUCUCUAGAGCUUCCAGCAACCUGUCCAGAGAUCCAUGUGGAGAACGUCCUUCAUGUCACAUGUUUUCCGUGAGCCCUAAAACAACAGCUAUCUGCAGUGUCAUCUGAGAUCUUGAGAACCACACACAGUUAUGGGAGAUUCUCCGGCCGACACCACUGAUGAAGGUGCAGACACAUGCUGCAAAGACACUCAGACUGACCUGGCAGAGAGAGUAGCAGCCAUAGAUGUUGCUGUUGGGCCUAAUAUAGAUGACCAAAAUGUUCAGGAAGCAAUAGAAGAGAAUGACACAGUCUUUUCUGACAGUGUAGCAGACAUGCAGAGGAAUGGGGUCCAUAGUGACAUGGUAACAAAUGAAUCUUUACCUUCACAAGACCCAGACGAUGUUCAUCAGAUGAAUGUUCCAAAGAAAGCUCCCACUAGGCCAGUUCUAUCCAGCCGAAAGUUGUCUCUUCAGGAAAGAUCUACAGGAAGCUACCUGGCUUCUACCAAUGCUCCAGGCUAUGGUCCUUAUGCAACAGGACCUUUAACACAUAUCUUGCCACGUAUAGUGAGGAGACCAACGAUAGAGUCCAACCGGAUCGCCAUCUCAGAUUCUGAGGACUGUGUGCAAUUAAACCAAUACAAGCUCCAAAGUGAAAUUGGCAAGGGCUCCUAUGGUGUUGUGAAACUGGCCUACAAUGAGAGUGACGACAAGUAUUACGCUAUGAAAGUCCUCUCCAAAAAGAAGCUACUGAAACAGUAUGGAUUUCCACGUCGACCUCCCCCUAGAGGAUCCAAAGCAACUUCUGCUGGGCAGCCGAAACCAAUGGCACCGCUGGAUAGAGUUUAUCAAGAAAUAGCCAUCUUAAAGAAACUGGACCAUAUCAACAUUGUGAAACUGAUUGAGGUACUGGAUGAUUCUGCAGAGGACAAUCUGUACAUGGUGUUUGACCUUCUGCGCAAGGGACCUGUCAUGGAGGUGCCAACUGACCAGCCAUUCACUGAAGAGCAGGCUCGGCUCUACUUUAAGGACAUUGUCUUGGGCAUAGAGUACUUGCACUAUCAGAAAAUCAUUCACCGGGACAUCAAGCCUUCCAACCUGCUCUUGGGAGACGAUGGGCAUGUCAAAAUAGCUGAUUUUGGAGUCAGUAAUCAGUUUGAAGGGAAUGAUGCCCAGCUUUCCAGUACUGCUGGGACACCAGCCUUCAUGGCUCCAGAGGCGAUUUCAGAUUCUGGCAAAAGCUUCAGUGGAAAGGCACUUGAUGUAUGGGCCAUGGGAAUUACUUUGUAUUGCUUUGUAUAUGGGAAGUGCCCUUUUAUAGAUGAAUACAUUCUGUCUCUCCAUAACAAGAUCAAGAACAAGGCGGUGGAGUUCCCAGAAGAGCCACAGAUAAGCGAAGAGCUCAAAGAAGUGAUUGUAAGGAUGCUGGAUAAAAAUCCAGAAACAAGGAUAACGGUUCCUGAGAUUAAGUUGCAUCCCUGGCUAACAAAGUUUGGGGAGGAUCCACUGCCUCUGGAGGAAGAGCAUUGCACUGUGGUGGAGGUGACUGAGGAGGAGGUGAAGAACUCCGUCAAGACAAUCCCAAGCUUGCCAGCUGUAAUUUUAGUGAAGGCCAUGCUAAGGAAACGCUCAUUUGGAAACCCAUUUGAGGUUCAGGCCAGAAGGGAAGAGAGGUCCAUGUCUGCUCCAGGAAACCUAUUAAUGGACAGGUUCCUCUUAAGCUCAUCUGUAUAUUUGCAUCCAUCUUUAAGAAAGCAAGGGAGCAGAGAAGGAAUAAAGGACCCUGAUCUCCCUGACGUCUGUGAAGAUGAGGCUACUUCAUGAAGCCACGUGCAUGUCCUGGAUUGGUUAUUUACUGCUGUUGUAACCGUUGUGUUGUGUCACACACAUUCUGCUCUCACGAACCAAAGUUUGUGACCUGAAAAACUGAAAUUGAAAAGAGGAAACAAGCAACAACAACAAAUAGUGCAAGUUCUUUGGAAAUGAUUUACUCAUGGAAUGCUAUGUUGUAUUACUCAUUGGCUUCAUUCAACAUGUAAGAUGUUUCUCUGUAUUUGAAAUGUGCCUCAUUCUCCAUUUGUGCUUCAGCCUACAUUGUGUGGUCAUUAUAGUCUGGCAUCUUGAUCAAUUAAUAUGUUUUUAUUAAUAAUUCAAAGAACCAAACUUUAUCUAAUAGGGCACUUGCCAUCAAGAUGUUUUCCAGCUUUUUGCAUUCUGCAUUCAAAGUACCAAGAAAAAAGAUAUGCAGUAGCCAGGUCUCCUGUAUUACUCAAGUGCUUAAAUUUACUGGGGCACAGUCUUACUUCUGCUGAAGUCAAUGGCAAAAUUCCUAUUGACGUCUGUUAAAGUAGAAUGAGAUCUUCCACAGUGUAAUUCUUUGUGCUUUUCAUUUUUUCUUAUUUUUGAAUUAUAUAGCUCCUUUUAACAUAUAGGGCCACAUUAGAGUCAUUUUAGUACAAUAUUGGAAAUAUACGGUAUUGCCAUCCAUCUGCAUUGAGCUUUCAAGUGUCCCAGAACAGUUAAAGGCCCUGAUAUUCAUCUGAAUAUGAUGGUUUAGGGCACCAAGAGCAUUUGCUUAUAGAAUGUAUUUAGUGUGACCACAUAGCAAGUGUGAAAAAUCAGGACGGGGUGAGGGGUAAUAGGAGCCCAUAUAAAAAAAAAAAAGCCCCAGAUAUUGGGACUGUCCCUAUAAAAUCGGGACAUCUGGUCACCUUAAGUGUACUUGCUUAUAGAGUGUACUGUUCCCAGAGGGCUGGGAUUUGAUUCCAUUUGUGUGCUAAUGUGUGGACAGGAAUUUGUAUUUACAGAUCUGAAAGCAUGAGACAAUGGAUUUGAUUUGUCACUUAAGGCAAUCUGAUUUUCCUUUCCCACUCACCUCCCAGUCCACCCCAUAAGAGAGAGAGAGUACGUGUGUUUGAUUAUAGCUUGAGUUUUUUACCUAACUACUGUUUACUGGUGAAUGCCCUGAAAUAGGACAUUUUCCUAUAAGAGAGUAUGUUAGUAUAUGAUUCUUAGAGGUUAAGCAAGAGACCCAGAAAAGCUACAGGACAAAAGUUGAGUUAAAUUAAACUCAUUUGUGUAGCAUUUCAAUACUUUAAGUUUUAUGCACUUGGUCCUUUGCUGUGGCAUGCUGUUGUAACACCCCUAAUAUGGUUUUAAUAAUAUGCAUGAAUCUUCAGUGUUGUCAAAUUAGGAGGUCAGAGAUUUGUUUGGAAUCCCAAGUCAGCAGCAAUGGAGGCUGAAACCACUACAAAAGUAGUUAUGUCAUGUCCUAGGUUAUGUCCUGCUGCAGUUCCACAGGAGAGAGAGAAUAGCUGCUAGUUUGAGUUCUGAGAUGAGAUUGUCAUGUUGCACAGGUAUAAAUUUGGAGUAAUUCAUUCACUUCAGUGGAGUUACUUCCGAUUUACAUUAGGGUUGCUGUGUUUAGUCAGGCAAGUACAAAGGUGUGUGCACACCUCUAUAGAAUCAUAGGACUGGAAGGGACCUUGAGAGGUCAUCUAGUCCAGUCUCCUGCACUCAAGGCAGGACUAAGUAUUAUCUAGACCAACACUUACAGAUGUUUAUCUAACUCACUCUUAAAAAUCUCCAGUGAUGGAGAUUCCACAAUCUCCCUAGGCAAUUUAUUCCAGUGCUAAACCACCCCGACAGGAAGUUUUUCCUAAAGUCCAACCUAAAUCUCCCUUACUGCAAUUUAAGCUCAUUGCUUCUUGUCGUAUCCUCAGAGAUUAACAACAACAAUUUUUCUCCCUUCUCCUCGUUACAACCUUGUAUGUACUUGAAAACUGUUAUCAUGUCCCCUUCUCAGUCUUCUCUUCUCCAGACUAAACAAACCCAUUUUUUUAAAUCUUCCCUCAUAGGUCAUGUUUUCUAGACCUUUAAUCAUUUUGUUGCUCUUCUCUGGACUUUCUCCAAUUUGUCCAGAUCUUUGGACCUGCGGCACCCAGAAGUGGACACAAUACUCCUGUUGUGAUCUAAUCAGCACAGAGUAGAGUGGAAGAAUUACUUCUCACGUCUUGCUUACAAGACUCCUCCUAAUACAUCCCACAAUUAUGUUCAUUUUUUUUGCAACAGUGUUACACUGUUGACUCCUAUUUAGCUUAUGGUCCACUAUGACCCCCAGAUCCCUUUCCGCAGUACUCCUUCCUAGACAGCCAUUUCCCAUUUUGUAUGUGUGCAACUGUUUGUUCCUGCCUAAGUGCAGUACUUUGCAUUUGUCCUUAUUGAAUUGUAUCCUGUUUACUUCAGAGCAUUCUCCAUUUUUUCCAGAUCAUUUUGAAUUUUAAUCCUAUCCUCCAAAGCAUGUGCAACCCCUUCCAGAUUGGUAUCAUAUGCAGACUUUAUAAGUGUACUCUCUAUAGCAUUAUCUAAAUCAUUGAUGAAGAUAUUGAACAGCACCGGACCCAAAACUGAUCCCUGUGGACCCCACUUGUUAUACCCUUCCAGCAUGACUGUGGACCACUGAUAACUACUCUCUGGAAACUGUUUUCCAACCAGUUUUGCACUCACCUUAUAGUAGCUCCAUCUAGGUUGCAUUUCCCUAGUUUGUUUAUGAGAAGAUCAUGCGAGACAGUAUCAAAAGCUUUACUAAAGUCAAGAUAUACCACAUCUACCGCUUCCCCCCCAUCCAGAAGGCUUGUUACCCUGUCAAAGAAAGCUCUCAAGUUAGUUUGACACAAUUUGUUCUUGGGAAAUCCAUCCUGACUGUUACUUAUCACUGUGUUUAUCUAUGUCAAUGAAAAGGGCAAAGAAAGUCAAAAGGCAGGAGUAUUUUCCGUUAUUAUGCAUUUAAGUGCAAGUUCUGCAGUGUUGCUGUGAGGAAGGCAGCUAGAGUAUACAUUGUUUCAGAGAGAAAAGUGGUAAAUUAAAGCUGGUCAGGAUGAGAAGGUAGGUUUUUUGGCCUUUUUUAGGGUGUGAAUGAAAUAAAAUGUUAUAAACCCCUUGUUUAUAUCUUAUCUUAUAGCUUAUAUUCCCUCUAUUCUCCUCCACGUCUCAUUUUUCAAAGAAUCAUUAAUUUUUAAGACCUGAAGGGGCAAUUUUGAUCACCUAGUCUGACCUCCUAAAGAACAAAGGCCAUAGAAUGUCAUCCACUUUCUUCACCACAUCCUUAUGAUUCCAUAUGUUAACAGGCAUCUCUGCUUGCAUCGUUCUCUCAGUGUUAGGGUUAUAGUUAUUUUUUAUUGCACAGAAGUGUUGUUUUGAGAAAUGCAGAUUAAGUGUAGCAAGAGAUAGGCAGACCAGUAGCCUUUAUGUCUAUGGUCUAGUUGUAGAGCACAGGUCUGGGAGCGAGGAAAUGGGAGUUCUCAUCUGAAUUCUGACAAUGACUCAGAGUGUGAAGUGGGGCAAGUCACUUAACUUCUCCAUGCCUCAAUUAAUCCAUCUGGAAAAGGGGGAUAAUAAUACUCCCCACUUCACAGGGGGUUGUGAAUUUUAAUCAAAGUUUGUAUCGUGCUUCAAUAGCACCUUCUACCUAUGGAUAACAAAAUAUUGUAAUUCAUUAUAUUUAUGCUACAGAGUAGUCACCAUAAAAGCAGGUGUCUUAAAUCAGCCUAGUCUUGGAGUUAUUGCUAUAUUUUUUUUUUUGUAAAAGGAAUGGUGCUGAUGGAAAACUCAUUUACUCUUUUCUUCAGCUCAAACAAGAAGUCUGCAAAGAAGAAGUUACCAAUUACAGUAUUAUGGAGCAUUAUUUCUCAGCAGAGGUAUUCUCUUGAAUUCAUUUGGGCUCUAGCCUUGCCUAUAGUCAAAGUUGCACUGGUUUUAACUGAGGUGUGACUUUAAACCAUUUAAUUAUAUAGGUGUCAAAAACCUUAGUGGACACUCUGAAUUCAAUUUUAUACUUAGUUUGUGUCAAUAAACUUGAUAAGGAAGUUAAAUUUUGAAUAUAGCACCUGACAUCUAUCUACACUAAGGAGAUCUUCCAGUUCAGCUUCAUGGUGUUAGCUGAUUUGGGGGAGGAGAAUUUAGGUUAUUUCUUAAACUAAUGGAUUUAUAGUUCAAUAACUCUCCAUUUUGAAAUUAUGGAGGAGAUUUUUCAAAGGACUCCAGUGGAGUCAUGCACUCAAUUUCCAGUGGGAUUUGGGAGCCAGACUCCUUUAGGACUGCUUUGAAAAUCCCAGCCUCAAUUAAUAAAACAAAUCAAAAUCUUAAUAUUUUUGGGAAGAAUAGGCUUUAUGUACUAUUGCUUUAGCUAUAGGACACUGUGCUGCUUUUAAUCUCUUAAAUUCUCCCCAAAAUUGUUUUUAGAAAAUGUUCAAUGUUCCUUUUAAAAAAAAAAACCCGUAAUAGACCUGUUUCUUCCAAUCCAGACAAAAAUGAAUUCUGCUUCAGAGACUUUGUCAUCUCUGGCUUUCAGGCCAAGAUUUCUUUUCCUUUAGAUGACAAGAAAUCAUCCUAAUUCCAUCACACAAAGCAAUCUUAAAAUCUGCACACAGUUCAAAAAGGGGAAAUUAUGCUAGCAUCAAAAGAAGUCUAAUAACUUCUCUGCAUGUCUAGAGGGAAUGCUGUGAAACGACAUUCCACUUGUGUCAUCCUAUAAGAGUGAAAUGUACCACAUGUUUGCAGCAGUGUUAGUGUAGCUUGGAGCAAUAGUGCCUUUCUGCUAUGGGACAGGAGCAGAUUACAUUUUUUUUUUAAAUUAGCCUUUCAUCUUUGACAAUCCAGCCCUAUCCAGAAUGGAUGAAAAUCAUUUUCUUUACAUAAAUAUCGGCAUUGGGAUGAUCUGCAGAGCAAGGGGAGGGCUGGAAUAGCCAGUCUCUGAUGUCUUUGUGCAGUCCCUACAUUUUGUAUUCAGCAUUCUCCACCACCAUUUAUAUACUAGACAGCACUGUUUCUGCUGUAAGAGUAUCCUGCAGAUAGGGUGACCAGAUGUCCUGUUUUUAUAGGGACAGUACCAAUUUUGGGGUCUUUUUCUUAUAUAGGCUCCUAUUACCUCCUACCCCUUCCCGAUUUUUUACACUUGCUCUCUGGUCACCCUACCUGCAGAAGAGGGUGCCUGAAUUCAUCAAAAUGUGUGUACUCAAGUCCACAUCUGUGAGAAAACACCUCUAACAGUUUUUUUGUAAAGCACUUGUCACUUCUUAUAAUUUAGUCCAAGUUGUAAUUAAGUUAUGUCUAAUUUGAGAAGCCUUCAAAGAAAUUUCUGCAUUUAAAAAAAAUUAUUAAUAGAUCUAAGUUCUUAGCUUGAGAGAUAACACUUGGUAAAGUUUGUCAAGUCAGUUAGCAAGGGCAACCAUAUUAGAGAUCUUUAUCAUUUUGGGUGGGAGUAUUUCAAUAUGAACAUGACACUUAAAAAAACCCCCAAAUUCCCAUUGUUUUCAGAUGCUUAUCAUUACACUGUAGAGUCUGAGUGAAGCA